AAAAAACAUGGCGUACAUAGAUUAUGAUUAAGGAUAAGAAAAACAACUAAUAUGGCCGAAGGUGGAUGUGGUCUAGACCCAGUUUUAUGCGAUCUAUGUGAAGACAAGGCGGCACAAUUCUUUUGUCGGACAUGCGAUGGCAAUAUGUGUGUAGAUUGUAAAGAUGAUCAUAAAAGAAAGAAAAUGUUUCUACGUCACUAUGUCGUAAAAAUGACAUUGACCAGAAAAAUGGAAAUUGAUGGUUAUGGACCUUGUAAUGUACACCCUGAAAGCAAGUACGAGUUGAACUGCCAAGCAUGCCAAAUACCCGUAUGCACAAAGUGUAUCGCCGGCAAACACAACGGUCAUAAAAUGAAGGAAAUCUCGACUGCUUACCUCGAAGCCAAAAGUAGGAUCUCAGAGAUUAUAAAUGAGGUUGACAGUCACCUUAUUCCGGCAUACAAGCGAAACAUAGAGGAUCUCGAAACGCUCCUUGAUGAUGUAAAGAAACAAACAAGAGAAUUAGAACAAACGGUGGUAAACCAAUCUCAGAAAUUAACGGAUUUCAUUCAGUCGAUUGAAAAAGAAUUUCUGCAAAUGAUUUGCUCUGAGAGGACAAGUUACAAUGAUCAAAUCAAUACAGAAAAGAAUGAAAUCGGAAGUCACGUUUCGUAUUUGCAAACACUUCAUGCUUCAUUAGUAGAAAUACGAGAUACCAAGAGUUUGACCGAUCUGAUUUUAUUCAUGGCUAACUAUUCAGAGCUCGAAACAAAUAAAAUUUUCCAAAUACCCUCAUUUCAACCAGCAUGUUUCAUCACUAAUUUUCCUUACAAAAAUGUCUUCAGUGUCAUAUUUGGAUUGUACUUGCCAUCACGAAUGGUGAAACAGAAAAGAAAGCGAUGCAUAAUGGCCAAAGCCAAAGAAAUUAAGAACAUAAGAACCACUGUAGUAUCACCAAUAGGUCUGUUUGUUUCUGACCAGAAUCAAAGCAUUGUAUGGAUACGUGGAGGACAAGCCACCGUUCAUAAAAUUGACAUGCAAGGUAACGUGCAAGCAACCUUUUCUACGCAGACGAAGAUUGGUAAGCCAUCUGGCCUGAUUGAAACGAAAGACGGAAUCAUGUUUUACACUGACUUAGAAAACAAAAAAAUCAGAAAAGUAACAAAGGACUUACACGAAAAAACUGAGAUCAACACCGAAUGGUAUCCAAUGGGAAUGUGCAUCAGUCUUAGCGGCCAUAUUCUAGUCUGUGUCGCGCAAUUGAAAUUAUUGGAAACAAAUGAAUCUGACGUAGGAAAAAUUCUGAGAAUGAAUUGCCAAGGAAAUAUUUUCCAAGAAAUUCAGAGAAAGAGCGACAAUGAAAAUCUUUAUACUCGACCAAUUUGCGUUUCAGAAAAUGUCAACCAGGAUAUCUGUGUGUCCGACUGCACUAAGUGUUCCGUUAUUGUUGUUGAUCGCACUGGCAUAUUUCGGUUUGCUUAUGAAGGAGGUUUUAUCCAAAACGAUGACAGGAGUUUUGGUCCCGCAGAGUUAGACACCGACAAAGAUGGAAAUAUUCUCAUUUCUGAUUAUGGAAACAGCCUUGUUCAUCUGCUGGACAUCGAUGGACGGUUUUUGCAGUACAUUCUGACGGCAAAAGAUGGGAUUUCAAAGCCUCGAGGUUUAAAGGUUGAUGACGAAGACAGACUUUGGAUAACUGAAAUAAAUGCCCAACGCAUCAAAGUAUUUCAGUACCUUGAUUAAAAAAAUUUGAUUAUUCAAGAAAAACCAAACAGCUAUACGAGAGAAACAAAUAUAGCAAAAAAAAAAAAAUUAAAAAAGGAAAAAUAUAUGUCGAUAGUGAUUGUAUUAUAUGAUUGUAAUGUUUAUACAUCGCAUUGUAACUCACGAUUGAUAUCUACAUGUGUGUUUGAUGCAAUUGAAAACCCCAACAUUUUGACAUUAUUUAAUCUGUGUAUUUAGUGAUUUUCAAAAUCAAAUGCAUGUCACAAACAUGAUUUUAUCGAUUUUAGUGAAUUUAAAAUCAUUAUUUUAAAAGAAAUUUAAAAGAGAGGAUAGAAUUUUAAAUGAAAGAUAUAUUUUUUGAGAAAGUUUAAGAACUUUUCACAAAGAGUUUAACCAUUCAGCAUUAAAAUAAAUGUAAUGUGGAGUCAUCAAUAUUCGUUGAAUACCAAUUUCGUGAUUUUCGUUGUUAAGUUGAUCCACGAAAUUGAAUGUUCAUUGAAGUUCAAUUUCAACUAACAUUUUGUAUUGAUAGGAUCAUUGGCCACGAAAUAACGUAUCUUUGAAACUGGGGUUUUCAGAAAAUCCACGAAAAUUGAUACCCACGAAAAUUAAUGAAACCACAGUAUUUAGAACAUAUGUUCAUUUAUUUCAAUGAUUUAUAUACACAUAUAUCUAAAGUACGACUAUCAGUAAACCAAUGAUCAUUUUUCCAUCUCCAGUUACUUUCAGUAUCAUGGGCUCAUAUUGAUCAGACUCCAAAAAAAUGAUUCUGCCAUUUUGAGAGAUACCCUGAAAAAAAAUGUUCAUAGCUUGAUAGCAUAAAAAGUAAUGUUUUGUGUUCAAUCGAUGAUUUUUAGGAUUCUUUGGAUCUACUUGAAGACCUUUGUAUCAAGGAAUAAAUGCUAUUAUUAUUAAAAUAAGGCAACAAUCUGUCUUGUUGUGAUGCCAAGCUUUUAAACACAAACAAUUGCGGUGUGUUUAUCUCUUGGAAAAUAUUUUUCUGGGAUAGCUGUAAGAAGAAAUAUUUACAAACGCUCCCAUCGAGGACCAAAUGGCAGUCUGUGGUUCCUGAUCUAUGUGUGGGAGACAUUAAGUGUUCUUCUUAAAGACUUAUCCACUGCACGGAUCGAGUGGCCGAUUGAAAUCAAUACUAUGCUUUAAAGAUUGUUGAUGGCCUGGUACGCAAAGCCGAAGUCAAGGUAACAAAUGAUGGGAAACCAAUCAACUACACAAGGCCAAUACCAGAUAUAAUUCUUUUAAUGCAUGACGUGUGACAUUCUCAUUGUUGUACCGCAAUUCACUGCAUUGCUAAAUGUUUUGGUAGUAUUUGUUUGUUUAAAUUUGAUAUCAUGAUAUAUUUCAUAAAGAAAUAUGUUAAUAUUCGGUUUAUUGUAUUAUAUAGGAGUGAUAUUUUCAAUAUCAGGUGGGGAGUGUAGUGUAAUUCAUAAAUAUCAUUAAUUUAGCUUCAUAUGUAUGCUAGAAUUAUCCCCCUUUCCUAUUAACAGCACCAUUUGGAAGCUUGUGGUUAUAUGUGCUACUCUGUUUGUAAACAGAUAGCCAUGCUAUGACCUUGAAUUGCUAGUAUUACAUAUUGGUCACUAUGACACUUACUGCGCACUGAAUUGUGGUAUUGAUGACUAAUAGAAUAAACUCUCUGACUAUUGUAGCACUGCGUAGUAUUCCUAAAUGAUGUUAUGAAACCAGGUGCAUAAUACGGGCAUAAUAAUAUCCAAAUUGAGAGUUUAUAAACAAGUGUCAUAUUUGGCGAUUCUGUGUCUGCAACAAUAGCUCUGGUACUCUAUACUGAGUCAUGUAUUGUAUAUUCUAUAUACAUGUAUUAACCUUUGUAACCUUUUAUACCAUGUAUGAAUGAAUGUAUUAUAUGUAAGUGAUGCCUCAUACCUAGGUGGGGGACUCCGAGACUCAAAUCUUUGAUAGGCAGUUUUGAUAGUUCUGUUACUUUAUUUAGAAAUCAAAUAUUAAUCUAAAAUUUGAACACUAAAUGUUCACUCAUGAUCAUCGUAGAUGGGCCGAACUAGUCAGAACUAUCAAUCAUAAGUAAAAUGUUAUAUAUACCACUGUAAAAUGAUGUUUAACAGUUGUUUAGUAUUUGAGACUUUGAGGAAUUUUUAGAUUUUUUAUUUAGAAUUGUAUUUUGGGUUUUGAUUCCGCUUAUAGAGAUUCUUUGAUUUGGACUGUUUUUAGUUAAUGUAAUUUUAACUGCACGAUCACGCUUAUUAAUAAACUAUCGGUGAAAGAA